UAGUGGAACCCAGCGCAGGAUACGUUAGUCUUCACUGGCAAUUAACACUCUUGUAGCACAAAAUUUUUUUUUUGCUUAAAGAAAGGGACACAACAACUAACGGGUCGAGACAGCAGUAGAGAAGCAACUAACCAACUAACCAUUCAAGGAAGCGAUAGAAGAGUAACUCCUGUUUUCUGCGAAGUCGAGUCAGCUCCAAAAUGCAGCAGCUAAUCCUGCCCGUUCUCCUGGCAUCCUUUUGGACCAUCUGCACAGGAUCAGCAGAUUGGUGCUAUCAGUCCCAGUUCACCUGCGAUCAUCAGUGCAAUACACCAGACAAGUGGAACCUCGCCCACAGUGACUGUGGUGGAAAAUACCAGUCGCCCAUCAACAUCGUCACCAGGAAGACUUUGAAAGAUGAGCGAUUGACUCCUUUUGAGUUCAACAACUAUCAACAGAUCUUCAGAGACACAAUCAAGAACAACGGCCACUCAGUUAAGGUUGGAGUUCCUCACCUCAGCACCAUCUCAGGUGGAGGCCUCCCGACCACCUACAAGGCUGUGCAGUUCCACAUGCACUGGGGCAAACACGGAGGGCCCGGCUCCGAACAUACCAUCGAUGGAGAGCAGUAUCCCAUGGAGCUGCACAUCGUUCACAUGAAGCACCAUUACACUGAUCUGACAACAGCUCUAUCAGACCCAGAGGGAGUUGCAGUCCUUGGGUUCUUCUAUGAGAGGUCCAAUAGUGCAAACCGAAAGUAUGACCCCAUCACCAACGCUCUGCGAAGCAUCACAAUUACAAAUAGCAAUACUUCUCUGCCUUCCAUCUCCCUGGCACAACUAAUCCCAGCUGAGCAGAAUCUGACCAGCUUUUACCGCUACAAGGGCUCUCUGACCACCCCAGGGUGCACUGAGGCUGUAAUUUGGACUGUGUUUGAGAAUACCAUCCCUCUGAGCAUGGAUCAGCUGCGGGUGUUCUCUGACCUUCAGUUCCACGAUGGAAAGCCGAUGGUGGGGAACUUUAGGCCGGUCCAGCCCCUGAACGGUCGGCAGGUGUUCCGGUCGGGAGGCGCAGUGAUCCUGGUCAGUUCCACCCUUCUCCUGGCCGCCAUCGCCACGGCCUUGGGACUGUCCCAACCCAACUAGAGCGGGGCAUCCUGUGCUGCACUGCGACAUCCAUGAACAUAAUAAGUUCCGUAUCACUCCUCAGCUCAACCCUGGUUUGUAACCUCUUCAUUGCAUGGUUGCUAAGAUCGACCAAGUCUUAGUGCAGACAUGACUCAUCUGGAGGUCCUCUCUUACAACACAAAUGACAAAGGCGUUAGAGGAACACCUUACGAAAGGUGUUGUAAGUGUUCGAUCAGCAUUCAUGCAUGUGUAGUGAAGCAGUAAGUCUUAUUUCAGCAUUAUGAAUGUGCCAUAAAGCUGGUUACCAAGCAGUCAAAGUGACAACGAAAUUCAAACUCAACACCAGAUCCCUUAGUCAUGCCCUCAUUUUUCACAGUGUCAUCCUACUAGCACCAGCACACACUUUGGACCACAUCCUCCUUGUCCAAUGUCAGGUAAAUUUAGUCUCUGCUUAAUGUUAUUGCGAGUUGCCAAUGUCAGCCCCAUGACCUGGCACGUUAUGUGUUGUUCUCAAUGGGGCAUGGGAAUGGCAUGGAGCUAUUAAUAGCAGAACUGAGUCAAAUGAACACGCUCCAUUUCAAAGCCAGCGGUCAAAGGAGUCAGCAGUUUGGCUUUUCUUUCAAAGUCCAGGAGAACAGCGCGGCCGUCAGGUGAACCCCCACGCAGCCAUUCAGUCAGCAGUUGGUUCAGGAAAGGGGGGAGGCUACUGACACCUGAGACAAAGAUGAAGCUGCAGAGAUGCUAAUGCUAAUAAAGGAAGUGACAGCCUGGUUUUAGAGGGAGGAGGAGAGCAUCUGCAGCGUGCGGAGACAGCAACACUUUGGAGGAUUAACCUGCAUAUUAAACGUCACUCAUAUUUUUCAAAUAUAAUAUAUUUCAAACCAGCAUCAUUAGUUUUCAUACAUCUCAAACAUUUGCAUGAAACUGCAUGUCUUGAUGUUCUAGAUGUGCAUAUUGAGCAACAUGUUCAUGGAGUGAAGCUGCGCACACAAAACUGUGCUUGCCAAAUUCAUACACACGCCUCAGGCACCCGUGAGGUUCAGUGAGCUUAUCUUGAGAACAUGUGACUGUGUUUAUGGCUUGUAUUACAGGGUCUAGGAUGCACUGAAUGUUAUUGACUGUGAAUUACACCCCACUAAGUUCGCAUUCAUUUAUUCAGGAGGACUCGUUACGUAUUCUAGUGAGAGAUCUGUGCAAUUUUCCAGCAAGAUUUAUUGAGAUGAUCGAGCAAGGAAUCUGUAUGUUUUCCAUUGUUUCAUAUGGCAUCAAGUUAUAUUUCUAUGCUGUGUCAUCGUACACAUGUAUUUAUGUACUGAAUGUGUAUAUUGAUAUGAGACGCACAGUUAUUGUUAUUUACAUAUUGCUAUAAAGUUUAUAUAUAUAUAUAUAUAGUACUGAAUGCAAACCCAUAUAUGAAGGAUCAAGUUGUUCAUACGCAAUCAAGUUUACUUAUGAUGUUAUUAUAAUGUUAUGAACUGUAUGAGAUUGUCUGGUUGUAAUGCUUGAAAGUGUCAUAAAUAAUAUGGAGAAUGUGUUCCAACUGAACAAAGGAAUAAACUACUUACAUGCCUUUUUAA